AUGUCGAUGAAGACACCCCAAGGGAUGAAGAAAGGUGUGCUCACAAACGUGUGGCACAUCCCAAAGUUAUCCAGAAACCUGUUCUCGGUCGGCCGCUUCACCAAGGAUGUCGGCCCAGUGACGUUCACGAAGGAUGGGUGCUAUGGAGAAGCGAAAGGGACCAAGUGGAAAAUUGGUGCCCGUGAAGGUAAAGAACUGUUCAAGCUGCAAAUGACUCCAGUGGCGCCGGAACAAGCAAAUGCAGCCAAGUCGUCGGGAUGUCAAGGGGGCACCAAGUCGUACCUCUGGCACCUUCGGCUUGGCCACAUAGGUCAUGAUGGACUCAAUUGCAUCGUGACGAAGAACAUUGGAAUUGGCAUCGACAUAUCUUCGGUGAAGAAGUGGGACGUGUGUGAAGGUUGUGCUCUGGGAAAACAGACUCGAGUGCGCUUCCAAUCAAACACUACAGCUCGCACCUCCAAACUCCUCGAAGUGAUUCACAGCGACGUAUGCGGACCGAUGUCGAUGGCAACUUUCAGUGGAAAACGGUACUUCGUGACAUUCAUUGAUGACAAGUCAAGAUACUGUGUCGUCUAUCUGCUCAAGAGCAAAUCUGAAGUUGCGGCGAAGUUCAUGGAAUACGCUGCGAUGGCCGAAACGCAAACCGGAAAGCGCGUGAAGUACCUUCAAAGCGACAAUGGGGGUGAAUACAAGUCCGACAAGCUGGCACGAUUCUGCGCGGAACGGGGAAUACAACAAAGGUUCACCCCCCCCAUAUACUCCUCAGCUAAACGGAGUAGCUGA